AUGGCUGAAAACGUGGCACCACCUGCUGUAGAUGCUGAACAUGCUGUCCGUGAGGAAAUACCUCAAGGAAAUCCAGCCGUAAGGGCCCCAGAGCCAAGAAUAAGAACCAUGGGAGAAUGGGCAGCCCCAACAGAAAGGAGAUACAUCGAUGUAGCCUGUAGGGGAUCCAUCAAGGACAAGACACCUGGAGAGAUGAGGGAGCUGAUCUCCACUCUUGCAGCCUCAUCUAGGCAAUAUGGGGAGGAAAAGCAGAUGCAAAGAGGGAUCCAUGAGAUCGGGGAAUUGGCCUCCGCAAUGAACAGAUCUGGCAUUCAAGGUAAGUUACCUUCUCAAACAGAAGACAAUCCUAGAGAGAAUGUGAAUGCUAUAACACUGAGAAGUGGGAAGGAGCUCCAACAUGCCAAGACAGAUGAGCCAGAAACCAUUCCUGCGCAAGAAUCAGAGGUUUCGGCUGAAACCACCCCUGCGCAACAUCCACCUGAGCCAGCUAGCCAUCCUCCUGCGCAAACUGAAGCACCUUCUGCGCAAAAGGAUGACCCCCAGAUUUUUAAUGAGAAUCAUGCUGAUGUGCUAAACCGUGACUUUUGCAGGGAAUCUGAUCUGAAAAAUGAAGAGUCAGAAUUGACAGAAACCGUCUGCAGCAUUCAAGAGCUGAGCUGCAAACCACUGCAGGAAGAACAGGUGGAAAUCGCACCACUCCAGAAAGGACUGCAGGACCAAUCGCAGAAGACCUUUCAGCUUCCGCAGAAAGGCAUCCUUAGGCCGCCGAACUCCUCAAUGCCUCAAUCGGCGCCUCCUGAGCCACUUCCGCAACAUCUUCUGCCUCCAGCUCCAGCGCAAAUGGUUCAUGAACAAACAGAAUCCCCUUCACAACAAAUUCUGAAGUCUGAAGAGAGUGAGAAUGACCUCUAUGAGCAGGUCCACCACACCCAGGAUGAUGAACCAUGGUACGCAGAUAUUGUAAACUACCUUGCUACAGGCAUGGAGUUCCCAAGGCAAUCAUCAGUGACAGAGGCACCCACUUUUGCAACAAGGUCAUUGCAAAUCUUCUCAAGAAGCACAAUGUGGUGCACAGAACAUCCACCGCAUAUCAUCCGCAGACUAAUGGACAAGCUGAAGUGUCCAACAGAGAGAUCAAAGCCAUUCUAG